AUGUCACAGGUUGUAUCUUCGUGUAUUUUUCGUAUAGUUUGUCAGCAUGGUGGCAGUUUGGAACUCAAAACUUUGGACGAGAGUUUGCGGCAGCGUUACACGGUGGCGGAUACAGAACUUGUGAAGGUGCUGAGUGACUUUGAGAAGUUUGUAGUGGUUGAAGGUGGAGGAAAGAGAAAAGACUCGGCUGGUGUGAGUGAGGAUAGAGUCAUUUUGGCUAAAACCUCAGUGCGAGUGUGUCUGACCCUGCCAGGACAGUGUGAUGGUGCCUGCCAAAAACUGCACCUCUGCAAGUAUUUAGUGUGUGGCAACUGCAGGUUCAGGGAAAGAUGCAAAAACUGCCAUGACUUAAAUUCUGCUCAUAAUUCAACUAUUCUGAGCAAAGUGGAAUUCCAGCACCUUGGAAAAUCUGAACUAUUUCAGCUGUUGCUACAGAAUGACCCUUUUCUUCUACCAGAGGUCUGUAUUCACUACAACAGGGGGACUGGAGAACACGGGAGCUGUAAGUAUCAGACCUCCUGCAUCAACCUGCACGUUUGCCAGCAGUUCCUACAGGAUGAUUGUAAAUUUGGAACUGAAUGUGAAAAAGCUCAUUCAUUUGAUGCCAAUGCUAUAAAGAUUCUUAAUGGCCGAGGACUUAGUCCAGAAAACAUUAGGAACUUUCACAAGAUUUACAAAAGCAGAUUUCAGAUCUCUUCCUACAAAGAAAAACCUGCAGUUCACAGGAACCCAGCCAGCCCCAAAACAGUUGCUGGAGAAGGUUCAAGGCUGGUUUCCAGCAUCUCUGCAAAUGAAAUUGACUCAAAUGAGAUUUGCCUGUUCUUCAUUCGCAGAGAAUGCAGCUUUAAAGACAAGUGUGUUCGUCUUCAUUAUCAUCUGCCAUAUAAAUGGCAGGUUUCGGAUAAAAAUGGACAGACAUGGAAAGAUUUGCCCAAUGGAGAGGACAUUGAGAGGGCCUUCUGUAAUCCAGCCAAUGAUGUGAGUCCAGGACCUCAAACUGUCAACUUUAUCUCAAUGACAUGUGGAAAGGCACCAGUGCGUCGUCUGUCCACAGCGUCCUCCGUCACCAAACCUCCUCACUUCAUUCUGACCACUGAGUGGCUCUGGUACUGGAAGAAUGAACAAGGAGAAUGGAACGAAUAUGGUCAGGGGAUGGACGAAAAGCACUCAACCCCUCUCACCUCACAGACCAUAGAAAACAUUUACCAGUCUGAUCCUGAGAGUGAAAUUCCUGUCAAUUCUCAGAAACAUGCCUACGUCCUGUACCUGAAAGAAAUGUAUCAGCAAAAUACUGUGUACAGGACAAAAAGAGACAUACGAAGGAGGCCUCGAUUUAUCUCUGCCUUAGAAGUCGAGAACAAGCUGAAAAGUGAAAGCUCAAGCUCACCCUCUGUGGUAGUUCCUGCUCACUGGGAUAGAGGUGCACUUCCCAGCUUCUCUUACCAGCUUGUUUCAGUGUCCAACACAGAGGCUGAAUUUGUCAAGGUGGAAAAGCUUUUUAAACAGACUAUGCCAAACCACAAGAUUGUCAGCAUGCAGAGGAACCAGAACAUUUCUUUGUGGAAGGUCUUUCAGUGGCAAAAGGAGCAGAUGAAGGAGAGGAAUGGAGGGAGAGAUGUGAAUGAGAGACUCUUGUUCCAUGGCACAAGUGAAUCUCUAAUAGACGCCAUCUGUGAUCAGAACUUUGACUGGAGGAUCUGUGGAAAACAUGGCACAUUAUAUGGCAAAGGGAGUUAUUUUGCCAGAGAUGCCUCCUACUCUGAUGGGUACUCACAGUCUGUUAACAGCACUAUGAAAAAGAUGUUUGUUGCACGAGUCCUGGUGGGUCACUACACAUGUGGCAGCAGUACAAUUGUCCGUCCUCCAGCCAAAACCACAGGCAAAGACCUCUAUGACAGCUGUGUGGACGACAUCAGCAAUCCGAGUAUUUUUGUCAUCUUUGAGAAGUACCAGAUCUACCCUGAAUUCAUCAUUGAAUACUCACCUGAGGAGUCCAGAUGUCUAAUUUCAUAAGUGAAGAGUACUUUUGAAUAUAUAUUCUUAACGUAUAAGAUUGUUUUUAUUAAUUUAUAAAAUAUAAGGCAAAUAUGAAGUCGUAAGCAAUCAAUUUAGUAUUUAAUUACAUACUGUGAAUCAUUAAAGGUUAUUUGCACAUCAUAUAGUUGUUUAAAAUAUGGGAAUCAAUGGGGUUGAUUGUCAUAGCACUUAUUUUCCCUUUUAAAAAUAUUAAUACUUUGGUUAUCCAUUUUUCUAAUUAUGUUAAUUAUGUGGUUUUACAAUUAUAAUGAAGAUGUUUGUCUGAUUGGGAUGGUUGUACACUUAUAAUGGGGUUGUUGCAAUGCUCAUACUAGGGAUGAAUGUUAUUAAUGAUGGGGAGGGUUGAUGCCCUUAUGAAGAGUCACUCCAAUGUUUGUAUGGGGUGGGUUCGUACAAUUAUGACACAUCGUGGGCAUGGUAGUUACACUUGGGGUAAAGAUGGUCGUCACAUCUUUAAUAAUGGGACAUUACAGUCAUUACACUCAUGAUAGAGAUGGGUAUUCAGACUGUGCUGUGUCAGAUUGGAUGGGUGAUAGUUUCAGCUCUCCUCAACCAGCACAGAGGUAGUACAAGCGGCAAGAAAAUUGCAGUAGGGGAAUUUCCAGUGAUCAAUUGGGAGAAAUAUCCGAAGAAAUGCCAGUUAUAUCCAAACACCAAGGGGUCUGAAUCCUUCCUGAAUUUACUGUAUACACACUUUUUGCUCCCGUGUUGCUUAAAAAUUGUAUUUCUUUUCAAUAGCUGUGUGUGAUUUGCAUAGCAAUUAUGAUUGUUUAAAGUUGUGUUAUUAUUCUGGUUGAUACUGGACACUUUAUUGAAUCUCGUUUCACUACUAUUUUCUCUGGUCUAUGUCAUUGUGAAAGUGAACAGAAUGGAAUGUGUGAGUGUUUAGAUGUUCAGAAUAAAGCCUAAUAGCCCUGA